AUGGGGGUACUCAAGUGGCUAUUCUUGGGCAUAUAUGCCUCGAACAGGGUUAUAAGGCUGAUGUUUCUACCGCUAUGUUAUCUGCUCCUCAGCAGUCCUUUUCUUCUCGUCUUCUCCCGGUACUACGGUUUCGACAGCAAACUAUCUGAACUUUUUGGCAAAGACAAAAGCGUGAAGGAAAUUGCACUUCAGGUCUUCGUUGGCUUGAUCGCGGCGAGUUUGCCUACUAGGAUCCUUUCAGGCAAGAAUUCGAAUCAAGAGCAAAAUGGCGGGACGAGGAGGGUACAACAGAUCCCAUAUUGGAUUCCCCAGGUGAAACAUUGGGGAAACAUUGUCUUUGGGGGAGAGAAAUGGUUGAAGAAAGUCAGGGAUUCAGCAAUUGCACCUAUCGUUGCAUUCAACAUUGGAGGUGUGAAACACAACAUCGUGUUGUCUCCCUCACUGCUCGAGCAAGUACAGAAAGAUUCGUCUGGACUUGACGAAAUCGAUAUCACUGAGUGGACUAUACUACGGAACGCCUUCAAUCUACCCAGGAAUACUGAGGCAGGGUAUCUAGAAUUGCGGCCUAGGUUGGCAAAACAUUUCAACGACCACGUUUUCAAGAAGCAACAAGCGGAGAAGAUUAUUUCUACCACUCUAUCGAUUCUGACAGACUCUUUACCGGAUCUGGUUACCUUCAAUUCUUCGAUGGUGGACCAACUGCCUUGGGAGCGAGUCGCCAAUUUGGAGUUGACAGAUGGUACUGUGGAAGCAGAAUGUGAUCUGUUCCUACUAAUUAGCGAAUUCUUCUGCAAUGCCAUCAUUGCGCCAUUUACAGGAGCCCAAUUUCCGGAAUCGUAUCAACUGCUGGCAUCAGAUUUCUCCACGGUCACAGAGGCUUAUUAUGCGCUUGCACUGGGAUUGCCACGGCUAUUUCCUAAACCAGGACUACCUGGGGCAAUGCUCGCCAAGAAAAGAUUGUUCCAGAACUUCGUACGAUUCUUUGACGAACUCGAUAAUCCUAAGAAGAGGGUACCCGAUGACAACGAGAGCAUGAGUGGCGAGGAAACUGAUGCUGAUACGCCGACCCCACUAACAGGCAUGAACGAAUUUUUUUCGAAGAACGAUGUGCCUCUCGAAGCCCGCGCAGCCAUCACCAUACAAUUCCUACACGGUCUUAUCUCAGAAUUAGUACCCCUAACAUUCUGGACCUUACUACAUCUUCACACCUCGGUAGCAGCGCAAAGCAAAACGCAGAAAGCGGACACGUUGAUUGACGGGAUCCGCAAAGAAACGCAGAUCUGGGUACAAGCGACGCAGCCACCAUCCAUACAUCCCUCUUUCCCAGCACCACCGGCGAUAUCCUUCUCCGGCCUCCCAAGACUCGUUUCGCCGACAUCUUUCCCACAUCUCCGUUCAGCAAUCAACGAAGCAAGGCGCCUCUACAAAGCCCCUGUCAAAACGCUCAAAGUCAACAAGCCUAUCACCCUUACAGAAGCGGAAAGCAUACGACCCGGUGUCCAAGAGAAGUGGGAGCUCGAUGUCGGGUCAUACGUGGCUAUCGGACUAUCGCAGAGCCUCAUCAACACCUCCUCCGCGCACUUCAUCGCCCCACCCGACUAUAAAGCAGAUCGUUUCCAGCACACCCCACCUCCCUCAUCCGUCACCUCACCGUCCGACCCUCAAGAGUCUUUAACGACCUCACUGCUCAUUGCCUUUAUUGCAGGCGUCCUACACCUCUGGGAGAUUACACCGGCGCCGAAGAAGAGCUUCUUUGACCAUAUGCAGGAAGCGCAGGCUGCGGCUAUGGGACCCGUGGACGGAAAACCUACGCCUGUAGAACAGAGUGGUGUACAGAAGAAGGUUGGGGAGUGGGUAGUGCCGAAGGCAGUGGAUGGUGCGGGUGUGAAGAUUCCGAAGGGCGAUGUCAGGGUGAGGAUUAGAAGGAGGGAAGGGCUUCCGGAGCAGAGGUCGCUGAGGAAAGGGAGGUAG